GUUAGCAUAGACACUAUUUGACGCAUCAGUAAGGUACAUAUCAGGCCAGGGGCAGUGCACACCACGAAGAGCAGCGACAGCUCAAACUUGAGCGCGACGUUCCCGCCAGGCCUCAACAUCACUGGCUUUAAGCUACGCUUGGUUUGGUCCAACGGGCUUUGAAGGACCUGGCUUUGGGCGCUGCACAACAUGGCUCCUCCCAAAAUUAAGGACGUGCACCUGAAGCUUCAAACCGGCCACGGACCCGGCCAGUCGUCUGUUGCAUAUGCAAAUACACCAAAUGAGGUUUCACUUGUCACUUCGGGAGCGGACGGGCGCGUGUACCUGCGCGACGCUCUCAUUCUCGAGCCUCAGUGCUCGUGCAAAGUGGACACUCCUCCUGCCACCAUCCUAGCUGUCGAUCCCAAGGGGAAGUAUGUGGCCGUCGGCGACGACUCCUACGUCAAGCUCUACAAGCUGCCCUCGCUCACUCUGGAGCGCUCGGCGUGCCGCUUCAACCUGACUCUGCGCGCGCUGAGCUUCAGCCCCGACGGCACCAAGCUGGCCGCGGCGGGUGACGACAACCUCAUCAAAUUGGUGGAGGUCAAAGACGGAUCGGUGUACCGCAGCCUCAACUGCGACGACUACGUGCUGGCGCUGGCCUGGGACCCCGACGGCGCCUACCUGGCCGCCACGCUGCGCACCGGCGGCCUGGUGGUGUACGACACCGGCAGCGGCAGGCUGGAGAAGCGGGUGGACGCACAGUGCGAGCGGGUCGACUACUCCUCGCCGCGCCGCCACGCGCCCUCCUGGCACCCCGACGGCGGCAGCGUGCUGGCCGUGCCUGUGGGCGCGGAGGGCGACGUGGCGCUGCACGAGCGGCUGAGCUGGGAGGCCACCGGCUACCUGAGCGGCGAGCACCGCAAGGCGGUCAACAUCGUGGCCUUCUCGCCCAAUGGCGUGUACGCGGCCACUGCCGGCCAGGACAAACGCAUUGUGGUGUGGGACGUGAACAGCGUCACGGCGGUGGCGGCGGCGACGGCGGAGGAGGUCAUGAGCGGCCUGGUGUGGCGGCCCGACGGGAACGAGCUGGCCAUGGUGGGCGAGUCGGGCGGCGUGGGUGUGUGGAGCGGUGUGGUGCCCACGGAGAUGCCGGGGCCGGCCGUGAGCGCCGCGGAGCUGGAGCGCCUGCAGCGGGAGCAGGAGCGCCUAGCCGACCUGCGCAAGCGCGGCGAGAAGGCGGAGCGCGAGGCCGCCGGUGCGGACCUGGUCCCGCCCGAGGGUGGCGAGAUCCGCGAGGAGGUCAUCGAGGAGAUGCAGGUGGAGGUGGAGGAAGGCGCAGACGGCGCCGGCGGCAGCGCAGGCGCCAAGGCGGCUGGUGCCGAGGCGGCUGGUGCCGAGGAGGCGGCGGACGGCGGUGAGGGCGAGGAGGAGGGCAGCGGGGGGCGAGGCGGCCGCGGAGGGCACAGCGGCGUGAACGGCCGGCCGGCCACGCGGACGCAGACGACCGUGCGCACCGUUGUCCGCACGGUGGUUGCGCCGCCCGCCGGCCCCGCCCCGCAGCCCGCCUUCCAGCCGGGCGCCACGCCGGCCGAGCCCGGGCGGCCGCGCUUCCUGUGCUACAACCUGGCGGGCAGCGUCAGCAGCCGGCCCGUGGACGACCACCACGUCAUUGAGGUGCUGUUCCACGACUCGAGCCGCUUCAGUAGCCGCGUGCCACUGCUGACCGACUACUACGGCUUCGACCGGGCGGCGCUGGGCGACAAGGGCGUGGUGUAUUCCAGCCCGGCGGUCAAGGCCGACGCCGCGGAGGUGGCUGCGGCGGCCGCCGAGGGCGGCGCCGCCCCCGCCGGCGUACCUGGUCUGGUGAUGUUCCGGCCGUUCGACCCGUGGGCACCCAACAGCGACUGGACCGCCACACUGGGCGAGGGCGAGGAGGCGCUGUGCCUGGCCACUGGCUCCACCUUUGUGGCGGUGGCCACCAGCCGCCAGCUGCUGCGGCUGUUCACGCUGGGCGGCGCGCAGCAGGCGGUGCUGAGGCUAGAGGGGCAGCCAGUGGCGCUGGUGGCGGCGGGCGGGCAGCUGGCGGUGGCGUGGCACUCGGGCCCGCCCAACCCGCACACCAAGAGUCAGGCGCUGUCGCUGUCGCUGUACGACACGUUGUCGCUGGUGUGCGUGUUCAGCCAGCCGCUGCCGCUCACGCCGGGGACCACGCUCACUUGGCUGGGGUUUGCAGAGGACACGGGCGUGCCGGCGGCGGCGGACAGCGCGGGCGUGGUGUGCGUGCGGACGCCCGACUUUGGCGGGCGCUGGGUGCCUGUGUUCGAGCCGCCCGCCGCCCGCCGCGCAUCCGAGGUGCUGUGGCCCGUGGGCCUGUCCGGCGAGCAGCUGUACGCCGUGGUGUGCAAGCCCGCGGAGCCGCGGCCGCAGGUGUCCCCGCGGCCCUUCUACACGCCCAUGGACCUGAGCCCGCCGGUGUUGGCUCUGGACGGCGGCGCGGGGGCGGCGGCGGAGUGGGAGGCGAAGGCGCUGCUGGAGGCAGUCAAGCUGUCCGUGCUGCGGGCCAGGUUGGAGGCGGCCGAGAUGUCGGGGCAGGUGGAGGAGGCGUCUGACCUGCGGCACCUCAAGAACCAGGGCGAGGCCAAGCACGACGCGGCGCUGCUCAAGGCGUUUCAGAAGUUUGUGCGGGCGGAGCGCCACGGCCGCGCACUGGAGGUGGCGGCCAUGCUCAACAUGUGCAAGAGCCUGUCGGGCGCUGUGGCGGUGGCCAACCACCACCAGGCGCGCGGCCUGGCGGAGCGAAUCGCCGUGGUGCUGGAGCAGAAGCAGGCCAUCAUCGCCGCAAAUGAGGCCAUGGCAGCGGGCGCGGACCCGUACGGCCACCACCACCACCAGCACCAACAGGCGGCGGCCGAGGCGGCAGAGCAGCAGCAGGUGGCGCCGGCCGGCCGGUCGUACACACCCAUUCCGUUCGCGCGGCGGGGCGGAGGCGUGGAGUCGGCAGCUGGGGAGCUCGGGCAAGGCGGGGAGGGCGGCGCGGCGGCGCGCAGCACGCAGCCGCUGGGGCCCGCGGACCUGAACGCCGGCGCGGCGGCGGACGGCGCCGGCGGCGCUGGCGACCGCGGCGGCCUCACGCCCUUCGCUGACGUCAUGACCGCGGGCCCAGGGAGCGCGGGGGGGCUUUCCACGGGGCCCAAGUCGGGCCGUGGCCUGCCCACCCCCAACACGUUGCUGCUUGCAGCCACCGCCAAGCCCGACCCCGGCAGCGACUCGCACAAGCGCAAGCAGCAGCCCAGCGCGGCGUUCAACAACCCCUUUGCGCGCAAGGCCGCUAAGCUGGGCAAGUGAGGCGCGCGCGGAGGUGCCGAGUGACGCGCAGUGAGGGCAUGCGGCGAGAUGUGCGGUGGGCGCAGAAGUUACAAGGCCCUAGCGGGAGGGCAAGAAGCGGCAGGGUGUCAGUGCAGCGGUGAUGUUGCAACGCGUUGGCACGCGCGGGCAUUGGAAAGAGUAGACUAAGGGUGGGAAGGACGUAUGCGUGCCAACUGCCAAAGGACGCAUGUAUGCAUGCGCAAGUGCUUCGGACACCAUCGUGUUUUUGGCCCCCAAUGGGGCUCGCAGCCAUGCAGAUUGGGUAGAACGGUUUAGAUUGACUGGGAGACGCCCGCCAUGUGACAGGCUUUCGAGGGGUUUCAGCGGGCGUGAUGUUGCGUUCUAAGCGGCGAACUGGCUUUUGUUGCAUGGCAGCAUGGGCGCUUCGAGUCCGAGUCGGAGGAGUAGACACAUAACGUCUGCCGGCGCCAGGACCAGCACACUUUUUUCGGUGCCGAGCAGCGCAUCCUUAACUUUAUCCUUAUUGUGGCUUCUAUGACCUUGCGUCGAGAGCCCCCGCCUCUAGUGAAGGGGAAGAAGAAACCUGUAAACAGAGGUGCCU